UAAAAGGAUUAUUUGUGCGCUCUUCUGCCGUUAACGGGCUAUUGGGGCUUGGGCCGGAUAAUGGGCCUGAAGAUAUGGAUGUGCUUAGCAUCCUUGCUUCUCAAGGGAUUGUUGGCAAUUCCUUCUCCCUUUGUUUCUCACCCAAUGGGAACGGGAGAUUAAUUUUUGGAGACAAAGGAACUCGCAAUCAGAAGAAAACUCCAUUAGAUUUAACCAUAGAAAAUGAAGCUCACAAUGUUUUGAUUGAGGAAAUUGUUGUGCACCAAAAUGUCCUUAAACAUGUUGGUCUCGCCGUAUUUUUUGACUCGGGUACAUCAUUUACAAUCUUAAGUGAUCCAGGC